AUGAAGAGAAUCCCAGGCGACUCGGCUGCAAAUCCCAGCUGGAAAGCUUAUCGCCAACCAAUUAACGAGAAUCCCGGGCGACUCGGCUGCAAAGCUGGAAAGCUUAUCGCCAACCAAUUAAGGAGAAUCCCGGGCGACUCGGCUGCAAAUCCCAGCUGGAAAGCUUAUCGCCAACCAAUUAAGGAGAAUCCCGGCCGACUCGGCUGCAAAGCUGGAAAGCUUAUCGCCAACCAGAUAACGAGAAUCCCGGGCGACUCGGCUGCAAAGCUGGAAA